AUGGAGGAGCAAGAUGUGAUUGAUCAAUCAUUUGGAGGUGUCAAUGAAUUGUCUAUGUCUCCACCUACCUUAUUUGAUGUGAUUGGAGAGCCACAAUCAAUUCCUUGUGCUGUUGAAAUGAUCCCAACACCUACACCACAAAUGAAUUCCACAAAAUGGAAGGAUUUGAUUAUUGGAGAAGGACAAAUAUUUCCAAAUGCCACUACUCUCCGGAAAACAUUAUACAAGUACAGCUUAUGCCAGAAGUUUUCGUACGUUUUCAUUAAGAAUAAUCAGCAAAAGAUCAUUGUGAAGUGCAAGGUUGAUGGUUGUCCAUGGUAUAUGGGUGCAUAUUCAAUGGGAGCACAUCAAGAUACUGAGUUUUUAACUAUCAGAACGUACAAAAGUGAACACAUUCAUCAUGCACAGGACAACUUAAUUGUACCUCACUCAGGAAGGUCAAAUUUAGCUGCUUCGAUUGUGAUUGAUGACUUGAGGUGCAAUGUUGACAAGAGUCCUAAUGAAAUCAGAAAGGACUUGUAUAAAGAAUAUGGAGUGCAAUUGAACUAUACUCAAGCAUAUAGGGUUAGGAAGAGAGCACUAAUGGAAUUACAUGGUCGAGUAGAAGAUUCUUAUAAAGUAAUCCCUUGGAUGUGUGAGAGACUCAUGGAAACUGAUCCUGACACAGUUGCAAGAUGGGAAGGCUCAGAUAGCAACCGAUUUGAGAGGCUAUUCAUUGCAUAUGGAUGCUCAAUUAAAGGCUUUGUGGAAGGUUGCAGACCAAUUAUUUAUAUAGAUGGAUGUCAUUUGAGUGGUCCUUACAAAGGAACUUUAUUAUCAGCUUGUGCAUUUGAUGCAGACAAUGAGUUGUUUCCUUUAGCAUAUGAUCAGAGUAAUGCUAUUAUCGGUGCUGUCAAGACAGUAUUUGAUGGUGAUAGACAUGCUUUUUGCUAUCGACAUGUGAAAGAAAAUUAUAGUGCUCAGUAUGUGAAAAUCAAUAGAGGUGUGAGACGGACCUCAGAAAAUAACAAGGAGAAUGCACUUAAUUUACUUGAUGGAAUUGCAUAUGCAAGGCAUGAUAAUGAGUUUAAUGUUGCAAUGGGAAAUUUAAGAUUGUUUUGUCCUCAAUUGGCACAAUGGGUUGAAUCUCAUGGGGAUGUGGAUAGAUGGGCGCAAAGUAAAUUUCCUUUUAAGAGAUGGGAUAACAUCACCAAUAAUCUUGCUGAGUCUUUUAAUGCAUGGAUGUUGAAAGAAAGGAAGCACACCUUGCCGGUUUUGAUACAAGAGCAUCAAGAGAAGUUGGCUAAGAAGAUGGUUGCUAGCAAAAUGGGGAUGAAAAGCUGGAAAAAUGGUGUAGGACCCAAUAUUGAAUCAAAGUUGUCGGAACAAAUAGCAAGAGGUGCGUGUAUGGAGGCAACAUAUUAUGGUGAUGACCAUAUUUCGGUGCAGACAAUACGUGAGGGACGCAUCAUCUAUGUUGCUGUUGAUCUGAUUUCUCACAGAUGCACAUGUUUGGCAUGGCAAAUGAGUGGAAUACCUUGUCCACAUGCUUGUGCAGCAAUCAAACUAGUUCAUCGUAGUGUGUAUGAUUAUGUAGAUGAUUGUUACAAAUUGUCCACACAGGAGAAAAUAUAUGCAAAUAGCAUGAGGCCAAUUGCAACACAUGAUUGCCCACAGCCUGAUGCACCUAUUGUGAGUCAUAUGCUGACCCAAACAUUCUUGCAUCCACUGAUAACCAAAAGGCCUCCAGGAAGGCCAAGGAUUAAUAGGAUAGAAUCUCAGUUCCAAAAUAAGAGGGUUUAUCAUUGUGGAAGAUGCAAAGAGCCUGGACACACUGCCAAGACAUGCAAGAACCCAAAUCCCAGCUGA